AUGAGUGACAAUUUUAAUCACGGAAUUAAAAAUAAACUUGCUGCGUUAUAUCAACAAGCUUUUCAACUAGCCAAACAAGCCGUCGAAGAAGAUCAUAAUGGAAAUAAAGAAAUAGCGAGGAAUUCUUAUUUAGAAGUGUUAAAGAUUUUUGAUUCAAUAAUAAAAAUUGAAUUAGAUCAAGAUGCGAAAAAGAUUUUAUCUAAAUAUCAAGAAUAUAGCACGCGUAUCAAACAAAUUGAUGCCGAAAUAAUUAGCCAAUUAUCAGAUCAAGCACAGUCAAUAUUAGACCUGGCCGUAAUAGAAGAUGAAAAAAAGAAUUAUCAAGAGGCAUUGGACUUAUACUUUGAGGCAGUACAAUUACUUUUAGAUAUUCGUCGAAAGAGUAAAGAUCAAGAAUCAAAAUCAGAAUUAUCUAAUAAAAUAAAUUAUUUAUUAAAAAGAGCAGAAGAUUUAAAAGGAUUACCAAAAAAAACUAUGGCAUUACUAAAUAAUCCAGGAAAAGGAAGAUUAUCAUUUUAUUCACCUGGAUCAGGAUUAAAAAAAGAAGAAAUUGAAAUUUUGAAAAAUAAUUCAGUAAUAAAUGCAGUGUUUGGUGAAUGGAAGCGUCCUUCAGAGAUAAUGAAACAACCUAGAAUGAUUGUAACAAUUUCAAGUGAAACAAUUAAACAAGAUAUGGUUGAUGAUUGUUCAUUUGUUGCAUCUCUAUGUGUUAGUGCUGAAUAUGAAAGAAGAUUUCAGAAACAGGUGGUUACUGGUUGUAUUUAUCCUCAAGAUGAUAAAGGUCAACCAAUUUAUAAUCCUAGUGGGAAAUAUGCAAUUAAACUAAUAAUACUUACUAGU